AUCACAGAUCAGCGCUUUUGUUCCUCCAGACAAAGCUGGAGGAUAAAGAUGGAGCUCUUUGGGCUGUGGAGGUUUUUAACUCUGUUGCAAGUUUGUGAUUUAUGUUUGGUUCAAGCAUCAGGGAAACAGUGGAAGGAAAUGAGAGGGAAGGUUUCUGGUGCUGUUAGAGGAUACACUCCCUGCAGCCCUGUGAACUGCAGCUGCCAUCUGAGUGUCCUCCAACAGGACCUGCAGCCCUUCAGAGGGAGGAUCUCUGAGGAUGUGAUGGCUGCGACUCUCCUGAGAGGGGUGGGCACCCACUACCAGGUCAUUGAACACAAGUUGUACCGAGAGCACAACUGCAUGUUUCCUGCAAGGUGCAGCGGGGUGGAGCAUUUCAUCCUGGAGGUGAUUGACAGGUUACCUGACUUGGAGUUGGUGGUAAAUGUCCGGGAUUAUCCUCAAGUCCCCAGCUGGGUGCAGCCGACGCUGCCUGUCUUCUCUUUCAGUAAGACGGCAGACUACCAGGACAUCAUGUACCCUGCGUGGACGUUUUGGGAGGGCGGACCAGCUGUUUGGCCCAUAUACCCCACCGGACUGGGAAGAUGGGAUCUGAUGAGGGAUGACCUUAAAAAGUCUGCAGCACAGUGGCCGUGGAAGAAGAAAGAGUCCAGAGGAUUCUUCAGAGGCUCCAGAACGAGUCCAGAGCGCGACCCUCUGAUUCUUCUGUCCAGAGAAUCUCCAGAUCUGGUGGAUGCAGAGUACACGAAAAACCAGGCCUGGAAGUCUGAGAAGGACACACUAGGGAAACCACCAGCCAAAGAAAUCCCACUGGUCGAUCACUGCAAAUACAAAUAUUUAUUCAACUUCCGAGGUGUGGCAGCCAGCUUCCGCUUCAAACAUCUCUUCCUCUGUGGUUCGCUGGUGUUCCACGUGGGCGAUGAAUGGCAGGAGUUUUUUUACCCUCAGCUCAAGCCGUGGGUCCACUACAUCCCAGUAAAGCAGGACCUCUCUGACCUCAGGGAACUACUACAGUUUGUGAAAGAGAAUGAUGCCAUCGCUCAGGAGAUCGCCACGAGGGGUAAGGAAUUCAUCCUCAACCACCUGCGGAUGCAAGAUAUUUCCUGCUACUGGGAGAGACUCCUCACCGAGUUCAGCCAACUUCUCACCUACAAACCCCAGAGGAAGAACAACUACAACCAGAUUGUCCACAGACCCAGCAAGACAGAGCUAUAAGAGAGAGAGAGACAGGGCGGGAAGCAGGGCAGCUGUAGCGAAGGGAAACUCUACAUAAUGAAUGUAAUCACUGCACCUCAACAUACGAUGUGCUCACCAGCAGCAUCGUCCUUCCAGGAGUUACACGUAGCUACGUAGCUUAGCAUUACACAGUCGUAGGGGUAGUUUUAGUGUGUCGUCUGUGGAUGCUGCCAUACCUUCAGGUACCACCAGGGGGGGACGUAUUUGCCAAUUGUGAGUCAUUGAUCACUUCCUGGUUCAAUUAGUUCAUUUGCUUCUAACAAUAACUCCUCUCUUUUUAUGGCUGCUGUCUGUACUCGCCAGCAAAGUAACGUCCAUGCCAACUGCGUUUUUUAAACUGUAAGAAAAUACUGAACAAGUCUGCAUAUAAACUGGGGGAUGUGGAAUUUGAAAGAUACAGCAGGUUGUGUGUUAUAAAAAAUGUAUCUGUCUGCCAGGUUGCAUUAUGGGAAGUGUAGGAUCUGGUGUUUUUGGAGCUAAAAGUCAGGAUAUCGCAGCCUCUGGAGUAAACCUUUAACAUGCAAUGUAAACACUUAAUAACGUUGUCUUGUAACAUUCAUCUGGAUUUGGCUUCUGGACCUCUUUUGGAGAGUUUAAAUUGUUUUGAAUUUGUGUUUGAACAUCAGCUUUGUUAUCUUCAGUGACCCAUGAGGAGUGCCUUCUCCUCUCUACAGCCGAACACUCGUCCAAACCUAAUGAAAAUACUGCACAUCCAGCUGUGGAGCUCCUAAAACUCUAAUUUUAAAUACUUGAAUGGCAGCACAGCAGAGUGUGGUGUUGAAUAUCCACGUAGGAACUACCAAUAAUAAUAGUUACUAGUUAAUCUGUUACAUAUGUUUUUUGUCUGGCCUUUUUGUUUCUAAAAAAUAUGAAAAAUAUAGACCAGAAUCUUUGUUCUAAUUGUUCAAAUCCUUUUCUACCCAAGUCGUGUUGCUAUAAGAACAUAUUGACCAAAAGAGGUGCUUAUUUGGUUAUUAGUGAAUAUGAAUCAUUAAUAAAUACAUGUAAUCUGUUGAUGGGGGAGGAAAAAAAGUGCCAUCGGUGCAUCACUAAUACAGCCUAUGAAGUAGUUUGUUUAAUGUUUGUGCCACUGAUGGUGAAGUUAAAGCUCAUAAAGGACAUCAGCUUUGCUACACUGCCCUCUACUGGACAACUGGACACACUCCAGCAGACCGUUACCAAGUUUCUUUACAACAACACAUCCCAACACUGUUUAAUUUUUAUUAACGUUUAUUGUCUGCAUUUAAAUGGGUUCUGCCAUAAGUACAUAAACUUGAAAGCACAAUUCAUUGUCAACAUUUCAGUCCACACUAAGUGCCAACAGUAAGCAAUAAUCACUAUAAAGUAAUUACUUUUAUUUUGAUGUGUGGAGUUUUCAAGAAACACUCGUGUUAAUUGUUUUUACCUUUUGAUGAUGAUGUAAAGUAGCUACAGGAGAAUGUUGAAUAUGUUGUAGUAUUCACGUCGUACUGUGAGCGGACAGAUUCUCACUGAUGUCAGGUUGGUAUUGUUUACAGUAUUGUUAAGAAGUGUGGUGAAAGAUGGCCCAUUAGUAUGUUGAUUUGACCAAAAAGCUGUGAUCAUGUGCCUCGUCAAAGUGUGACAUUGAGGUUGUUGGCACAGCUUGUGCAGCAGUUUUUUUUGUUUUGAUGGCAAUAAACAGUUUUAUUCUUAAAACA